UUUGUAUAAGUACAACUUGAAAAUGUCUGUAACAGAUAUAAUUCCUCUGACAGACAAUCACGAGCGAUUCCAAGAUACUUUUUACAAUGCAUUCUAUAAGAUCGACCAGAAGGAGUUCCUUGUUGAAAAAGUGGGUCAAUACUUCGACACCAAAGUGAUGAAAAUUCUGACUGAUGCCUUUGACCGUGAUGAAGAGUUCAGUCUCCUGAGUGUCGGAGUAGGAGAAGGUAUUCCUCAUGAAUUUCACAUUUUGAAGAGUCUUCAAACAUUCUAUGCAUCCAUAAGCAGUGUUUCAGUGGAUCCUAAUGAGAGUAUGGUACAAACCUUCAAAGAUAGAGUGGCCUCACUGAAUGUCGAUAAGAAACCUUCCAUUACCACUCAAUCUGUUAAUGGGUUCCUAUUUGAGUUCAUGACGACUAGCCCAUUGGCAAGAAAUAAGUACCAUCUUAUUACCUCCAUACACUCACUGUAUUACACCGAUGAUCUUCAGACGACCUUCUCUCAGUUGACAUCAAUGAUGAAAGACAAUGGACUCAUCAUCAUAGUUUGUACGAAAGGGGACCUUAUUUCCAAAUCAUUCAGCAAAUUUGCAUUUUUAAGAGAAGCUAUUCAGUCAUACAUACCGCUAACUUCAACGGAUGUUAAAGAAUUCGCUGAAAGUCAAGGCUUCAAUAUCAUCUCAUCAGAUGUUAACAUGCAGUGGGACAUCACCGAAGUGUUUGACGACCGGUCUGAAUUUGGUAAUAAACUCAUCGACUUCUUCACACAGACAGCUUAUUUUCGACAGACAGCGCCCUCUGAGGUGAUGGAUGAAUUGAUUAACUUCUGGCGUUCUAUUUCAACUGAGGAUGAAAAUGGGCGUAUCCUAUCGGAAGCUCAUGAUGAAAUACUUGUGAUCUCAAAAUAACUUGGUCCAUUGGCCUUAAAUGUGAUCCAGGAAACUUGAAUUCGGUAUAAUCGUUAAAGGUUCACCCUGAUGAUAAGUUGGCUUUAAUUUUAAAGCAAAAAAUAUAGACAAUUGUAGAUUGGAUCAAUGCACAGUUCUCAUUUUUUUUCUGCCAAUAUCAUCAAUCUUCAUCAAUAUUGUUGAUCAAAAUGAAUUUUUGGCCAGGGGAUAAGGGAGUUAUGAAAACGUUUAAAUGUGUCGUCACAUACGAGCAGCUCCUCCACAAUGGCACGUGAUAUCAAUUUCAAUAAAUACAAUUUUUUUUUACAAAAUCUGAUAGUGAUUUUAUUUGUGCGGUGGAUAUAUAAUCAAACCCAUCAUACCCCGUCUAUAUAAGAAGAAAAGCUAUUUGUAUUCAUUCAUAUUAGAUGAUAAUAUAUGGGAAAGCUACUCACGCAUGACGUCACAAAUUUAUGGUAAAAAAGGCAUUACUCUUACUGUUUAAAGGAUGUUAAUCAAACCUUCACCAAUAUUUUUCUAUUUUUUCUGCUUUCAUUAAAUCAGAAUUGUGCUUAAAAUAGCUGGACUCUGUAUUUUUCUCAACUCGCUAUAUCAAUAUUAUAAUAUUCAUCUUUUCGAUUGCCACAGUUUAAAUGUAUUAAUUCAUAUCUUUGUACGUGUAGAGGUUAAUUGUUUAUUGAAAUGCAGAAACUCCUGCAAAAAAAGAGAAUUAUCGUCUGGGUGGACUUCACUUCACAAUAGUCAAUAUUGUAUAGUUACGUUCCAGGAGCAAUAUGGUGCCCAUACAGUGUUGCCACAAACAAAUAUAAAGGGAUCCCAGGUACGAACUCUUUCUCAUACAAACUUCCGAAGGGAAUAGCAAACUCCCAGAAAUGAAAACUCUACCAUUAGUUUUGCUAUAAAGCUUAUCAACAAUUCAGGAUUGCCCGGCAGCGAUUUAGAUAACGAUAAUGAAAUUGUUGAAAAUAGGCUGGUGAAAGUAUACCCUGACGAGUCUGAUGAAAUAAUUGCUAAGACAUUCUCACUUUUUGAACUAGUCCAUGCAGGUCCCUGGCGUGAAAUCAACAAUCAUACACAGGCUAGAUGAGACGAAUCGUCAAUACGUAAAAGUCGCGGAGAUGAAUGACGCAAUUAAACUUUCCACCAAUCAGCCGAAGUUAAGACUUUUGUAUUCAUUCAUAGGAAAGAUCGUAAUAACAAAGGCGGAGGGGUCGCAGUAUACAUCAAUGAAAAUAAACUCAACCACAAAUUAAGAUCCACAUGUACGUUUCACAUUUUACAUGGCCGUGACAAGCUUUUCCAA